AUGUUUAAUGAUCCAAUUGUGGAGAUACAAGAACUAACAGUUUUGAUAAAGAAUGAUAUAACGGCAUUAAAUACAGCCUUAACGGAUCUGCAAACAAUUCAAAAUAUGGAAAUAGCUGAUGGGAAUUACUCAGAGGAUAGACGUGUUCAUUCAACAGCUGUUUGUGAUGAUUUGAAGAGUAAACUUAUGAGUGCUACUAAACGGCUUCAAGAUGUUUUAACUACUAGAACUGAGAAUAUCAAGGCUCAUGAGAAUAGGAAACAGAUGUUUUCUACCAAUGUUUCGAGAGAGAAUCCGUUUCUGCGUCAAGUGAAACCGAUGACUGAGCCACCUCCUUGGUCAAAUCCAUCUAAUGCAUUUGACAAUUCACAACCGUCUGCAUUGCCACCAAAUGGUGUUCAAGUUGGGAACCAAUUAAGACGAAGGCCAGCCGUGGACAACACUCCUUCCCAGCACAUGGAAAUGUCCAUGCUGCAGCAGGUAAUUCCAAGACAGGAGAAUUAUACUCAAAGCCGGGCAGUUGGACUUCACAAUGUGGAAUCAACAAUUUCAGAACUUAGUGGGAUCUUUACACAUUUGGCUACCAUGGUUGCACAGCAAGGGGAGUUGGCUAUCAGGAUCGAUGAUAACAUGGAUGAGUCGUUGACUAAUGUUGACAAUGCUCAUGGUGCUUUAUUGAGGAAUUUGAACCAAAUAUCAUCAAAUAGGUGGCUUAUGAUGAAGAUAUUUGCUGUUAUAAUAAUUUUCCUCAUUGUAUUCGUUUUCUUUGUGGCUUGA